AUGAACGUUUACGACGACGUCAACCCCUUCAUCUGGCGCAGCCCCUACGUCAAGCCCGUCGACGACUCGGACAUCACGCCCGUCAUCCCGAGCGAGUUAGACGGCGUGAAGGUGUGCCGGUGGCGGGAGACGAAGGGGAAGUGGUCGCAUUUGCCGCAGGCAUCCCUCAAUGCACGCGACCCACCCUCGGACGUGCGCUUCAUCACCUGGUGCAUGGACGAGGAGCAGCGCCGCGCACGGUACAAGGUCCGAGUCGCGCAGCAGGCAUCAGCUGGCUCGCACAGUAGACCUCCUGCCGGCACACACGGCAGACCGCCAGCAACCAACCCGCACAAGCGUGGCAACACCACCUUCGGCAGGCCUCCCCCCUGCGUCAUCUGCCUGCAGGAGGUCUCCGGCGCCGCGCUCGAGCGCGUGCUCGUGAACCACCCCUGGGUGCGCGCCUACUUCUGCGUCCUCCCCCACGAGCGCAAGAAGUGGCCCGAGGAAGCCAAGUUCGGCAACGUCACCCUCGUCUCGCGCGACGUGCCCGUCGAGGCCGCCGCCGUGCUCCGCUUCGGGCGCAGCGCCAUGGGCCGCUCGGCGCUCAUCACGCACAUCUGGCUCCGCGGGGCGCGCGUGCGGGAGGGGGCGACGGAGAGGCGCACCUUGCGCGUCGCGGUGAUCAAUACGCAGCUCGAGGGCGAGCAGCCGGCUGGGAGGGAUUACAGGUCGAAGCAGCUCGAGCUGCUCUCGCAGUUUCUGAGGGUGGAGGGCGUGAAUGGGGGCGUCAUCGCGGGGAACAUGUAUCCUGAGGGGGCCAACGACCACAAGCAGCCGGAGAGAGAUCUGAAGCUGAAGGACGCGUGGAAGCGGGGGAACGACGACCCGGCUGGUGCCACCGUUUUCGACAAGUAUGGCUUGCCACCGACGCGGCACAGUAAAAUCCUCUUCCAGCCACGGAGGGGGCUCAAGGUCGACGAGCCCAAGCAGUUCGGCAUCAAUGUGAAGUGCGAGGACGGCUCGCUGUGUUCUGAGCACUGUGGGCUGAUCUCGACGAUGCACAUGCUGAAGUGA